AGACUCUCCUCCCUUGCUCUAUUGCGCUUGCGUAAGUAUGGCGGCGCCCAGUUCGGCGAUGGAGGCGGCUGCACUGGGACCGGAGGAGCUUGUGUGCGCGAGUGGGCGGAACCGCAAAGCCGUGCUUUGCCAGCGCUGCGGCUCCCGCGUCCUUCUGCCAGGAGCUGCAACCUUCACUCGCAGAGAGUUGUUUCUUCCUGCUAUGAAGAAGAAGACGGCUUUGGUGACAAAUGGUGACCUAGAAGGGGAUGUCUUGCAGGACCACUGGCUAGUUGAAGACAUGUUUUCUUUUGAAAACGUUGGUUUCACCAAGGAUGUUGGAAAUGUAAAGUUCCUGAUCUGUGCAGACUGUGAAAUUGGUCCUAUUGGCUGGCAUUGCUUGGAUGAUAAAAAGAGUUUUUAUGUAGCCUUGGACCGUGUUUCUCAUGAAUGAAAUGCUCAUAGGUGACCAAAAGUGGUUCCUAGGCACCUGGUUAUGCCACAUUCUAAAUAACUUUCCAAGUUCCUCAAUAUGUAGGCUUGAAACUGGCACAAAUGAAAUACCCUUUUCAGAUGCAUCAAUGGAAGUGCUUCUAUUGCUUGUUGAAUUGCAACCCAUUUGAACCUGACCAAAUUUGUACUGAUAUUUAAUAAAUUAUGUGCAUAUACUUUGAAAUACACAAUUACAUGCAAAUUGGCAAUUCAAUUUCCUUAAUGAAAAAGGGAAGAUAAUCCUGAAUUUUGUCCUCUGAAAAAUAAGAGUGUAAUACAACAGGGAAUAAGGCUUCUGAUUUAUUGGGAGACAAGGGAGCAUACCAUAUUGUGAUUUAUGGCUUUCUGCUCUGUUCUGGUAAAAGAGUAAACAUUUGUGAUUUUGAUGUUUACCGAUAUCUAAUGUUUACAAAUAUCUGAAUUUUCACUUCAUGAUCAUUGUUAAUUAAAAGCCAGUCAUUAGUUACAGGUCAUCUUAAAUAUAAAAAUAGUCAAACCACAGGAAGUAAUAAUGGAAAAUGGAAACUGAAUUUUUAAAUUUAAUUGAAAUCAUGCAUUUUAAUUUAUAUAUUGUAUAUAUUGGAAGUACCAAUGGUUAAUGAAAAAGGGCUCACUCUAAUAGGUGUAAUCUUACAUUUUCUGUAUAAAAUCUCCAUUAUUAAUCUUUUUUCUAAAGCUACUGUAACACAACUCAUUACUGUUAUCCCUUGUGAAUUACCCAGAAAUCAUUUAGUCUAGUUGGGAAUGCUAUCUGAAUGUGGGCCCUUUAUUUUUCAUCUGUCUAGAAGAAAAUAGAGAACUUAGCCAUGUUUUGUUCUCUGGUUUCUAGUGUACCAAACCCCUCAUUUAGAUGUCAAGUUUAGAGUGUUCUCCAAGGCUUGGGAGUAGGUUGGGUAUUGAACCAAUCAGUUGCCUUUUGUUAUACUGUACUAUUUGGCAAUAUGCCUGUUUCUUUUUUGUUCACUUUUAUGAUUCCUUUUAAUUUUAAUUGUAAAACUUCCAGGGUUGUUUGGACUUGGGGUGCCUCUGAAUUUCAGUAAAUAAAAAUAGGUUUUGUGAAAAAUGGUCAGCUUGUUAGCUAUGUGCCCUUCAUGGGCUGGAUAACUCCCAGGGAAAGGGCAUAUUUAUAUCUUAAUUUUAACCAAGCUCAGUAUGACAAGAAUGUUGUUAAAAUGCUACUGUGAUUCUGUUCUGUGUAUUAAUUUAAAGAAAAUAACGUUAGGUGAUGUUUGUUUUUUCUUUGAUUUAAAUUUCUCAGAACUCAGUCUUCUCCCCAGGAUUCUUAAACUUCCAGGAAAAAUCACUUGAAUUUUGUUGUUAUAUGAUGUUUUGUAUUGCAACACCUUUUCUAUCACUGAAUUCUGGAGUUUGUAGAAUUUUUAAGUGCAUGUCUUAGUACACUUUAAAAAAAUGCAUAUGUAAGAGUAAACUGAAAUGUAAUGCAGGUAAGGUUCCAUCAUUGUGGAAUGGACAGGCUAGUCAUUCUGUUAGAAGUAUUUAUUUAUGAAAAGUUAAAUGUAUUACUGCUUUCUUAGUAGUGAUGGAGAAAAACAGACUACUGGCUGGUGCCACAGGGGUCAGUUGUUUCCAUCACUAUUUUAAAAAAUACAGUGAAACCUCUAGAGUUCAUUUGGAAGUUUUCAGUAAGAUUUAAUCAGUAUGGUGCUCGGUUAUCCGUUGUUACUCCAGGUGCCAUAAACUUUUAUCUCAGUGCCUGAAGUGUCUGGAGGUAUAAGCAAACAUAUUUAUUUUUCCUGUUAAAUAUCCUACUGCCCAUAAUGUUCCCACUUCAGUCAUACAUCAAUUCAUGUUUGUGAAUUGUAUAUAUAGGUUUUGCAUCUCUGGAUAUCUGUAUAAGUUUGGACAUUCAGAAAUAAAGAUCAGUGGUACACAACACUGACAAAAUUUCAGUGAGUUCAGUUUCACUGCAAAAGUAGCUUUGCUGCAUAACCCAUUCUUCAGACUACAUUCAUAGUUUCUAAAUGCUGUAGGUACCAAAUAUGUACAGGAUAGGUAUAAGAGACUAGUACUUGUGUCUAAUUUUACACUUGCAUGUCAUUUUAUCAGCUAGCUGGAGAGCAAGCCUAAUUCAAUGCAGAAGAUUUGGGGAUUGGGGCUAGAGAUCACAAAAAAUGACUUUCUGGGUUUUGCUGGAUAAUUCAGCUGUCAUUGCUCUCUUCCAAAAAAAAUGACUCCUCCUAUUAAACAAGUCUGUCAUCUUGAAGUACAUUGUGAUGCAUCUGAAUACAAGCUGGGAAACAAUUUGACAUAAUGAAAUGUUUCUUCUUGCUGCAUAGAGCCUGGUGACAUUUCCAUGUUAAAUGUCUACCGCAUGGUGGCACCAGUAUUCUAUGAAUGGGAAGAUACUUGCUGGAAGAUCUUAGACUAGCUCUGC